AUGGAGCAGCGGUGCCACCCCCACCAAGCUGUCCAUGAGACGGUCCAGGAACCCCUCCAGCUCCCCGGAAACCCCACACCGCCUGGGCAGCUGAUACCCCCUGUGCCCAACAGCCUGGACGCCUAUGAUCCUGGCCCAGCCCGGGGCGGGCGUGUGACUGUCCCCCAUGGACUGGUUGUCUGGGGCCCCUGUAGUGAGCCAGGGGACCUCCCCCCAUCUACCAGCUGGGCUCAGGGGCCAAUCCUGCAUCAGCUCUCGCUGUCCCUGUCCCUUCUGGGUUUAGCCAGUGGCACAGAGCAGGAUGUGACCACAUCCCCAUCACACCUCGGCCCCCUGGGCCAGAACCACCCCAGCUCGGCACCCCCCUUACCUGCCUUACUCACCUCUGCGCACCGCGGUGUCCCCCUCCCACUGCUGCUCCCGGAGGCGCCCAGCCCCUCCCUCCAGCCCCUCCCUUCUCCGUGGUCCCGAGGCGGUGGGGACACGCGGGAGCCCCCUCCCCUCCCGGUCUGUCGCAGUCUCCGGCCAUCAUUGGAGGACGGGGGCGUGUGCUUUGAACCCCCGCGUGCCCCUCCCCAGCUCCCCGCCCCCGAGCCCCGCAGGAGCCCCCACGGCUGUGGGAUUUCCAUCCCCCGGCGGGCACGGGGCUCGCACUGGAGGGAUUUCAGUCAGACUUCGGGAGGAACUUCCCGGGAGAGGCUCGGAGGGACUCGGGACGCGGGGGUCUCCGGGGGGCGGCUCUCGGCGGGCUGGAGUCCGGGGGCGGUGGUCGCCGGGGCCCGCGCGCCCCGCAGCAGGGAGGUCGGGUCCCCGUCCUCGCCCCGCCUCCUCCUGGCUCCCCGACCCCCGCCAGCCUCAGUGUCCCCGCGCCGAGGGCGCUUCUUCGCCACUUUCGCGUCGCCGCCGGCCUCGGGGACCCGCCCCGGAGCCCCCGGGUCCGCGGCCGGCGCAGCGCAGGGCGGGGGGCGGCGCCCGUCGGGCCGGGGUCGCGGGGCCAGCGACUCACCGGGGGCCGGGCCCGCUCCCGCCUGGCUGGGCCGCGGGGCUCGGGGGGCGCCGCGUCGGGCUCGGGCUCCGGAGACGCCGAGGCACAGGCGCCCGCUCCCGCCGACGACUGAGGACCGCGGGCCCGCGCGGCCCGCCCCGCGCUCGCCCCGCCCACGAACUCGCCCCGCCCCGCGCUCGUCCCGCCCACGAGCUCGCCACGCCACGCCCACGAGCUCGUCCCGUCACGCCCCGCCCACGAGCUCGCCACGCCCACGAGCUGGCCCCGCCCACGAGCUCGCCACGCCCCGCCCCGCGCUCGCCCCGCCCACGCGCUCGCCCCCGCCCACUCCCCGGCCCGCGCCCACGCGCCGCGCCGCCCCCAGCGCCCCCACCGCCGGGGGUCGGGCCGGGGUCCUCCUCUCACCCCAGGGUCCGGCCAGGACCCCCGCGGGCCGCGCUCGCCCUCCCGGGAGGGGGUUGCGGGUCCGCCCAUGGGGCUUCUCCCCGGGGCCCCGCCGCCGCGGCCCUGUCCGCACCCUGCGGGCGUUUUGCAGGCGACCACCGUGUCGGAGCCUCGGUUUGGGGUCACGGAGCAGCUGGGGGUCUCCGCCGCGCCCGGGCCCUUCCCGCCCUGCUCUGGCUGCGUGGCCGCCUCCGCCGCCUCAGCCGCAGCUCCCGGGGUUGCGGGCGCAGCUCGGCUGGAGUGAUGGGGGGCGGAGGCGGUGGCCGGUGGCCGGGCGAUGGGAUGCUGGUCCGGGGAUGCAUUUUGAGAACCGGCUCCAAGCACCGCGUCGGGGCUGCCCAGCAGGUGCCCAGGCGUCCCUGUCUCCCAGCCUGCCCUGA